AUGGAACUGGCCAAUCUGCCGACGGAGCUGCUGCUACACAUCGCCAAGGCCCUUGACCGAGACGGCGACAUUUACGCCCUCUGCCGCGCCAGCCGGGGCUUUCACAACCUCGCGAUACGCCACCUCUACCGACACAACGCAACGGCCCCCGACAUUGAGAGAAGCGCCAUCCUCUGGGCCGCCAAGCACGGACAAGUGUCGACUGCCGAACAGGCCCUGCUAGCCGGCGUCGACGUCAACGCGCCGCAGGGCCAGCCGGGCACCCUGCCUCUCGUCGAGGCCACGCGCUUCGGAAACGCCAACAUGGCCAGGCUGCUCCUGGACAAGGGCGCGGAUCCCAACGUGCUGCACGGCAAGGCCGGCACAGUCCUCCAUACGGCCGCGGCCCAGUGGGACAUGGGCACGGCGGCGGCGCUCCUGGAACACGGCGCCGACGUACACGCGCAGCGGCUCGACAACGGCGAGACGCCGCUCCACACGGCCAUCAACUCGGGCGCCAUCAUGACCGGCGGCGCGACCGAGAUGCUCGGCCUGCUCCUGGACCACGGCGCAGGCGUCGCCGACGCAGACUUUGUCGGCGCGACGCCGCUGCACUGCGCCGCGGCCUGCGGCAACAUCGCCGCCAUCCACGUCCUGCUCGACCGCGGCGCCGACGCAAUCCUGUCGUCCCGGGGCACGCACCGCGAGACCCCGUUGCACGCCGCCGUCCGAGUCAGAAACGAGGCCGCCGCCAAGGUCCUGAUGCAGCGCGGCGCCGACGUCGAGGCCCCCGACGCCCGGGGCAAGACGGUAUUCUGGCACGCCAUAAAGUUCGGGUGCCCUGCCAUCCUCGAGAUGCUCCUCGACAAGGGCGGCGAUGCCAGUCCUCGGCACCCAAACGGCAGCCUGCCCCUCGUGCAGGCUGCCCGCAAGGGACACGUGGCGGUUGUCAAAGUCCUGCUCGCGCACGGCGGCUCCGACAUUGAGGCGGACCCGGAGCUUGGGGAAUCGGCCAUGUUGGCGGCCGUUGCAAAGGGGCAUUCCGGGGUUGUCCAGGCCCUGCUUGACGCGGGCGUCUACAUUUGCACCAGGGACAGCGUCGGCAACACCCUGUUGGUCCAAGCAGCAUUCCGCGGCCACGACGACGUCAUCGAUGUGCUGAUGCGCAACGGCGUCGCUGCGGCCUAUUGCCGUGAGUGGCCUGCGCGGGCUGGCCGUCCGUUGUAG